GAGACGCUGCCAUUGGGAAACGUUUUCCAUCCCAUCCGCUCCCAGCUAGAGGUUAACCAGAAGAACCUAGCGAAAAUGUGAUUUCUUUUGUACGAAUACAUCACCCGGUUGGAGGUUUCAGGUUUCCGUGGGUGUUUGUGUGAGCUCGGAGCGGGAGAAGGGCGGUGUUGCUGUAAUUGUCUGGGCUUGCUGGAGGUUGCUGGACGGGACAGCGGAGCAUCGACUCAGGUUCUCUACCGUGUCUGCACCCCCCUCCUCUCUGAGAUGCUGCCGUGCCUGAGAGCGGCCCUGCGGCCCGCCUUCACCCUGACCGCCGGGGCCGGGCUGAGCCGAGCCGGGCUCCGGGGCCCCCGGCCCCCCACCGGGGCGCUGCUGCAGCGCUGCUGCCUGGGCACACACCCGCUCAAGGAGCCCGUGGAGCCGCUCAACUCACCCACAGGAGCCAAGGAGUUCAUCUACAGCCUCCACCCGACAGAGCGCACCUGUCUGCUGCGGGAGCUGCACAAGUUCGAGUCCAUAGCCAUAGCUCAAGGGCAGAUGGAAAUCGCUCCACCUACUAAAGCCCAGUUAAGAUAUGUUCUGCUGCACAAUGCAAUCCCUUUUGUUGGAUUUGGAUUCCUGGACAACUGCAUCAUGAUCGUUGCUGGCACACAUAUUGAGUUAUCUAUCGGUGUGAUUCUUGGCAUUUCAACAAUGGCAGCUGCUGCACUUGGCAACCUGGUAUCUGAUCUGGCAGGACUCGGGCUCGCAGGUUACGUGGAGGCUUUGGCGUCUCGUUUGGGGAUGCGGAUUCCUGACCUGAGCCCAAAACAGGCGGAUAUGUGGCAGACCAGAGUCAGCUGUCACUCGGGCAAAGCCAUCGGCGUGGGAAUCGGCUGCAUCCUCGGUAUGUUUCCCCUUUUCUUCUUCAAAGAUGAUGAGAAGAAAGAGGGCCAGACGAAGACGAAGGACGAAACGCAGUCGCCGCCUGCUCCCACAGAGAGCAACAAACACUGAGCACGGCGACCCGCUCCAGACAAACACUGCAGUUUGGAAUCAGUAAAUUGGCAUAUUCUGAGACUGGUUGGACUUUCCUCGACGACUGCAGUGAAAACGGGCACAUAACCCUAAAUAAAUCUGUCCGAGGUAUUCUGGGGAGGAUUUGAUUUACUCUGAACUUAAGCACAGGAAACUGGUCGUCUCUUGAACCGCAGCAGGAUGACCUCUGACCCUGAGUCUGUUCAGUAAGAUACUUAGAUGCCUCUGAAAGUUUCAGUUCUCUUUAAAGUAUAUACAAACCUUUGGAACCAGUCCAGUGAAACAAAACUCUAUAGCAACCUAUUCAGAGAAAAAUCUUUUUCUGUCUUAAAAUGUUGACAGCUAACACAGGAUGUCAGAAGAACAAAGAGCAAUGCACUUGCAAUUAUUUAGUUUUCAAGUCAUGCUUUGAUUAUUUUUUUUAUUUUUUAUGUUUCCCAUUCACUUCUUAACGUUACGAAUAGUGUCUUUCAGUGUAGAAAGCAUGCCAUGGCAGCCAAGGCUCUGGAGGUCAUCGCAGAGCUGAUAAUGUAUCAUUUUCUUAUUUCUCAUGUGUUAAAGCAGCGAUAUACACUAAUGCCUGCCAUGUAAACUAAAUGUAAAAAUCAAUUAAACUGAAGUCAGAAGAGGAGAAGAGCUUCAUGAAGAAAAUAGGAAACAAAAACAAAACUUCAGCCGUGAUUUUAGCCUCCUGGAGCGUACCUACAACAUUUCUGCCAUGGCGAGGUAAUCCCUGACCUCUCUGGUCCAAGAGCCAAACACUACAGUCCAGUGGGUGGUUCCUAAAGACUGAAUUAUGGUUCUGCGUUAAAUUGACGCAGAGCCUACGCCGUAAGGUACGGCGUAGGCCCUGCGUUGGUGUAACGCGGAACCAUAAAUCAGCCUUAAUGCAACCGUCCAGUAGCUCCGUUAUCAUGACUCUGCUGCCCUCUAGUGGUGGACAGACUGACGGCCCCGUCUCGUUUCAGUUUGGCAGAACCUUCAAGAUUAGUUCACCUGAUUUCUCUCCUUCUACAACUUUCAAACCCUCAGAGUUUUAGAUUUGAUCCUCAUAUAUCUAUUGUUAUGAAAUAUUUAUAUAUUUUUCUUUUUUUUAAUUCUAUUUUAUUUGUAUCCUUUUUGGCCUCUUGUGUCACCUGUUUGGCACAGAUAACUAAUCUGCAGCCACAUUGAAUGUUUCUUAUGCAGUUGAAUCUUUUUUUUUUCAUUGUGUACUCUUUCUAACACAAAGGAAAAUGUUUAAGAUUACAGACAAUUCAUGAGGAUAAAGUACGCCUUCAUCACUAUAUCCCAACAGCUUUCUCUAACUCAUCUCAUAACUGAUUGCGUUAUGAGCCCUUUAUUUUACUCACUGAACACGUUCUUAAGACUUGACACACUUACAUAAGAGACUUAGCUUGUAUAUGAUUAUUUUAACUAUUUACAGUGUGGGUAAAAAAAAUCCUCAAGAGUGAAGAAUGAAGAAAAUGUACAAUGAAAUUAACAUAUUUGUGUAAUUUGAAUUUCUGGUCUGCUUGCUUGAUUUCCACAUUGCAUGAACUAUAAUAAAAAAUGAAGACUAAUAAUGAUAAUAAAAACUGAAAAAACUGAGAAUGUCCCUAAGUUUUACAGGACAACAUGAAUCUUUGGAGGUAAAUAAAUAAGGAAACUGCAGAAAUUGAAAAUUAAAACUUAAGCCAGACUGACGUGCAAAAGAUAGUUACAUUAGUUUUAUGAUAUACUUUUUUGGUUCUGUAAUAAAGCACAAGGGUCAUGCAUUUCCAUUUUAGAGGGCCGACAUCAGGCAGAUAAAGUUCAGAAUAAGUUUGUUUUUUGUAGCUGAGCAGAGGACUCGCAAAGAAGGAUUUAAGACGUCCGCUGGGACAUGAACAGGCAUCUACAGCAUAAAGCUGAAUAGUGUCUACAGUGGAAAUGAUAAUGAAAAUAAUAUUAUGAAGAAUAGCUGCUUGAUAAACAAAAAGGUGUGAUGAUAGAUGUCUACAGCAAUGGAAGCAAUUAAUAAAACAGU